AUGAAAAUCCAGCUAAACCACAUCUACGUCGCCCUAGCGUUACUAUCAGGGUCCGCAUCAGCUGCUCGACGGGUAAAGUACGCGGGCUGUUUCGGCUCACCGACACACCUCAAGUUCAAUCGAGAAUCCAUAUACCAAUCCAUCGGCUUCUGCGCGAGCUGGUGCGAAAGCCGCGAAUACGCCGUGAUGGCUGUAACGAACAGAACUGCUUGUCUGUGUGGCUACCAUAUCCCUCCGGUUGAACUGGAGAAGCCGGAUUCGUUCUGCGACUUGCCUUGCCCUGGGUAUCCGAGGGAUACGUGUGGCGGCCGAGGGUAUUUUUCGGUUUUUCAUAUGGAACCGCCAGAGCCUGAACAGGUUCCUACUCGGGAGGCUUCGACGCAGACUAUCGAGCCGGUUGAGACAGGUAGCGCGCUCCCAACAGCCUCUGUUGGGAAUCGGCCCAUGCAAUUCGUAGGUUCACCAGAACUGUAG